UGUACAAUUUUCAACAGCAGGAAACAAUGCCAAACUUUUCAGAACUGUCCAAUAUGAGUCCUCUUACAGUUGGAUUGGACGUGCAUUUGAAAGAAUUGAAGAGAAAGCUUCUCAAUCAUGGGGAGUCAUCAAUUCUUGUUCUGACUGGCCCCGCUGGAUGUGGAAAAUCCACAUUGGCAAAAGCUUUUUGUCAAGAUGAAGAAGUUAAAGAUAAAUUCAAGGACAAUAUCUUCUUUGUUACGGUUUCGAAGAAGCUGAGCGUAGACCUCAUUGCACUGCAAAUACUAUGUCAACUCAAGGAUGAGGUACCUCAAGUUGAAAACCAAGUCACUGCAGUUGAGUGGCUGGGAAAUUUUCUGAAAGAAGCAGGACAAAAUCCUUUACUGUUGGUCCUGGAUGAUGUUUGGCAUGUGUCAGAAUUCCUUGAUAACAACAAUGAAUUGAAAAUAGAAAAUCUCAAGAUUUUGGUGACAUCAAGAUCUGAACUUCUAGGAUUUGGUUCCCCAUAUUAUAUAAAUGCAUUGAGUGAAGAAGAGGCAAUGACUCUAAUUCGACGUUCAGCAUUCCUGGAAGAUAGGAGCUCUUAUGUUCCAGAAGAUAUCCUGAGAAAGAUAGUAAAGCACUGUAAGGGAAACGCACUUGCCCUUACAGUCAUCGGAAGAUCACUGUGCAGGAUGCCAAUAGAUAUCUGGCAAAAAAGAGUAGAGGAACUGUCGAAAGAUUCUUCUAUUUCUAACUGUGAGAGUGAUCUGCUUUCUUGCCUCAAAAUCAGUUAUGAUGCCUUGGCUGAAAAUUCUGUUCUGAAGGAGUGUUUCUUGGACCUUUCUCUAUUUCCUGAAUACCAAAGAGUCCCUGCUGAUGCCCUCACUGAUAUGUGGGCAGAGUUAUAUGGACUAGGUGAAAAUAUUCUACCCAUUAUGAACCUCCAAGAGCUCACUACCCGGGGUCUGGCUAAACUUGUAGGCACAAGGAAGGAGAAAGUGGAGGUGGAUGGCUACUACAGUACACUCUGUUUUAACAUGCACGAUAUUAUAAGAGAGCUGGCUAUCCAUCUGACUAGUCAGAAACCGAUAGACCAGAGAAACAGACUGCAUAUAGAAAUUCUUGGAGGCAAGCUUCCUCACUGGAUCAAUCAUCUUCUAGAACAGAAGUAUCAGCCUAUGAAGGCUCACCUAGUAUCGAUCUCAACUGACGAAGUAUUUUCACAAAAAUGGCACAACAUGCAACUACCAGAAGCAGAGGUUCUAGUUCUGAAUUUUCAAACAGAGAAUUAUGCAUUACCUGAAUUUGUGCAAAACAUGGGAAAUUUGAAGGUUCUAAUAGUCACAAGUUGUGGUACCUUACCUGCUUUCUGGCCUGUCGGUUUCUUACCUGCUCAAUUGAGUAAUUUUCAACUACUCAGUUCAUUACCAAAUCUGAGAACAAUCAGACUAGAGGGCAUUUCAAUUUCUUCCAUAAGCAUGCACUCCAUACAAUUGAAGAGCCUGCAAAAGAUAUCUCUGUUCAACUGUCGCAUUGGUCAAACUUUCAGCAACACUUCCAUCCAACUUUCAGAUGCAUUUCCGAAUCUGGUGGAAACAAAUAUUGACCACUGCAAUGAUUUGGUGACAUUGCCUGGCAUCUGUGAUCUUGUUAAUCUAAAGAAGCUAAGUCUCAUCCGCUGUCAUUAUCUAUCUGCUUUGCCUCCAAAGAUCGGAAAGUUGUCCAAAUUAGAAGUUUUAAGGCUGAAGUCAUGCACAGUCUUAGAGAUGUUGCCAGGUUCGAUUGUGAAGCUCAAUAAGUUAGUAUUUCUUGACCUAUCUUAUUGCAAACGCCUUAAGGAGCUUCCUGAUGUCAUUGGACUGAGCAAUUUGAAAACAAUCGACAUGAGACAGUGCUCAAGACUGCAAAUGCUGCCACCCUCUGUUUUGUAUCUUAAGCAGUUACAGGAAGUGAUAUGCGAUGAAGAGACAGAGAAGUUAUGGAAACCCUUGUUGCCCCGCCUCAAAAACCUGCGCAUUAAGUUUAGGUUUCCCGAGAUUCAUUUCUGAGUCCUCUUUUACUCAAUAAAUGUUGCUCCACAACGAGCCGAGCUAUGAUUGGUUGUCAUGCAGAUCAAACUUGGAUCAGGGCUGAUCUUUUGUCUUCACUUUUCAAGCUGUCGUUUGUCUGUAACUUGGCACGGUGGUCAAGUUUUUUCUGUUUGAUAUAUCCUCUUCCCUCGUGUGUGUUUAUGAUUUUGGAUUUGGUCUCUUGUUGGGGUUAGGUCCACUUGUUUUGGAUCCCUUCGGCUUGGCCUUUACAUGGUUUUGCCCUACUGGGCUUCAAUAAUGUGAUUGUUGUAAUCUUGUUCAAGACGUUAUAGUUUCGUGGUGACAGCUUUGCAUCUCUAUUGUCAAAAUAAAUCUACAUGAAACCUUUGUGCA